GAAUCCACAUAUGGUACUCAUAUUCAUGAAAAAAGGGAAGAGCGAGAGGCAAGAUUCUGUAAUACAGUUCAUGACAUUGUAAAUAGAGGAGGUAGAGGUCUUAUUCCUGUGUUUGCCCUGGGUCGAGCUCAAGAACUACUUUUAAUUUUAGAUGAAUACUGGCAGAAUCAUCCUGAACUCCAUGAUAUCCCUAUAUAUUAUGCCUCCUCUUUGGCAAAAAAAUGUAUGGCAGUUUAUCAGACCUAUGUCAAUGCCAUGAAUGAUAAAAUCCGCAAGCAAAUUAACAUCAACAAUCCAUUUGUUUUCAAGCAUAUUAGUAAUCUGAAGAGUAUGGAUCAUUUUGAUGAUAUUGGCCCAAGUGUUGUGAUGGCUUCCCCAGGUAUGAUGCAGAGUGGCUUAUCCAGAGAGUUGUUUGAGAGCUGGUGCACAGAUAAGAGAAAUGGAGUAAUUAUAGCAGGGUACUGUGUUGAAGGAACGCUUGCUAAGCACAUCAUGUCUGAACCUGAAGAGAUCACAACUAUGUCAGGGCAAAAGCUCCCACUGAAGAUGUCUGUGGAUUACAUUUCUUUCUCUGCUCACACAGAUUAUCAACAAACUAGUGAAUUUAUCCGGGCCCUGAAACCUCCACAUGUGAUUUUAGUUCACGGUGAGCAGAAUGAAAUGGCCAGAUUGAAAGCAGCAUUGAUACGAGAAUAUGAGGAUAAUGAUGAAGUUCAUAUAGAAGUUCAUAAUCCUAGGAAUACUGAAGCUGUGACGUUAAACUUCAGGGGAGAAAAACUUGCCAAGGUGAUGGGAUCUUUAGCAGAUAAGAAACCAGAGCAAGGACAGAGAAUUUCUGGAAUCCUAGUUAAAAGAAAUUUUAACUAUCACAUCCUUUCUCCAUGUGACCUCUCCAAUUAUACAGACUUGGCAAUGAGCACUGUAACACAGACACAAGCCAUUCCAUAUACUGGCCCUUUUAAUCUGCUUUAUUAUCAGCUACAAAAACUUACUGGUGAUGUAGAAGAAAUAGAAAUCCAACAAAAACCAGCCUUGAAGGUUUUCAAAAAUAUUACUGUGAUCCAGGAACCAGGCAUGGUGGUCCUUGAGUGGGUGGCAAAUCCUGCUAACGAUAUGUAUGCAGACACCGUGACAACAGUGAUACUGGAAGUUCAGUCAAAUCCCAAAAUACAGAAAGCUGCAGUACAUAAAAUUUCAAAAAAAGUAGAUAUGGAUGUCUAUAGGAAGAGAACAGAGAUCAUGCUUCAGGAUAUGUUUGGUGAAGACUGUGUGAGUUCAAAAGAUGGCUCUGUCCUGUGCGUCACGGUUGAUGGAAAGACUGCAAACAUUUCACUGGACACUCGG